CCAGCGCACUCUGCGACGCCAAACCCAUACGAGAACCCUCCGUAUGGACAACCGCACCAGGGUCUUCACCAGCCUCAGCUGCCUGAUCCAUUCGCGACGCCGAAUGCGCAGGCAUAUCCUCAGGGAUACCCCCUGAGUCCACCUCCGCCAGGGAUACACAGUCCUCCUCCCCCGCCGUCGCACAUCGUACACAACUCGCCACCCCCGGGAGGAGACGUAUUCAAUCCGUAUCAUUCACCACCGCAUCAGAACCUCAAUUACCUCCCACACGAUAAUUCAGCGGCCCCGCUUCGCCCGGUCUCGCACUUCUCAACCUACGAUGCUCCCGAGCCUAACGCAAAUGACGAUUUGGGUGAUAUCCCGCUUUUGCGACGUGACUCCAGCUCUGGUCUUGCGCCGUUCCCGGGUGGGUUUGCUGCUUCACAAGAGGGCGAGGAUGAGGAAGAUACAAACAUCCGAUACGGACGAAUUCCACAGCGUGUACCGCGCCGAUAUAAGACAAUGAAGCGUGUCGAGCUCUUCCACGGAAACCUUGUAUUCGAUUCUCCGGUACCUCAGAAGCUACUGGACAGAUGCAAAUUCCGUACCGAACGCGAGUUCACGCACAUGCGAUACAGUGCUGCGACGUGUGACCCGAAUGACUUUAUGAAUGAAGGUUUUACGCUGCGACAAGUGCUGUAUGAGCCGCCACGACGCACGGAGCUGUUCAUCGUCAUGACGAUGUAUAACGAGGACGAUGAAUUAUUCUGUCGUACAAUGCAUGGUGUUAUGAAGAACGUCGCUCACUUGUGUACGCGCAACCGUUCUCGCACGUGGGGCUCGGAAGGGUGGAAGAAGGUCGUGGUGUGCAUCGUGAGCGAUGGCCGUAAGAAGAUUCACCCACGUACUCUGUCAGCGAUUGCCGCUCUUGGUGCGUACCAGGAUGGCGUUGCGAAGAAUGUGGUCAACAAGAAGCCUGUCUCUGCCCACAUAUAUGAAUAUACCACGCAAAUAUCUUUGACGCCAAGCAGAAAGAUUGAAGGCUCGGAAAAAGGAAUUGUACCCGUACAAAUUCUGUUUUGUCUGAAGGAAAACAACCAGAAGAAGAUCAACUCCCAUCGCUGGUUCUUCAAUGCUUUCGGUCCGAUCUUGCAGCCCAAUGUCUGCGUGCUGCUCGAUGUUGGCACUCAGCCAGGACCAACAUCGAUCUACCAUCUUUGGAAGGCAUUUGACAUUAAUUCUAAUGUCGGCGGUGCUUGUGGCGAGAUCGUUGCGUUGAAGGGCAAGUGGGGUCUAAAUUUGCUCAACCCGCUUGUUGCGGCGCAGAACUUCGAGUACAAGAUAUCAAAUAUUCUCGAUAAGCCUUUGGAGUCUAUUUUUGGAUACAUCACUGUGCUGCCGGGUGCUUUCAGUGCCUACCGAUACAUCGCUCUCCAGAACGAUGCGCAAGGAGAAGGACCAUUACAGAAGUACUUCUUAGGAGAGAAGCUGCACGGUGGCGACGCAGAUGUCUUUACAUCGAACAUGUAUCUUGCAGAGGACCGAAUUCUCUGCUGGGAGCUCGUCUCAAAGCGCGGCGGCUCAUGGAUCCUUCACUAUGUCAAGUCAGCGUAUGCCAUUACGGACGUGCCCGACCAAGUUCCAGAACUCAUCUCGCAGCGACGGCGUUGGUUGAACGGUUCCUUCUUCGCCGCGAUCCACAGUACCUUCCACUUCGCGUACAUUUACCGCUCGAGCCAUUCGUUCGCGCGCAAGUUCUGGAUUCAUGUUGAACUGCUGUACCAGGUGUUCAAUCUUAUCUUCUCGUGGUUCGCACUCGGCAACUAUUACAUUGCGUUCACGAUCCUCACCGACUCCAUGGAAGACUCCAAGCUGAAAAUCAAGGGUAUUCACAUCGUCAACUUAAUCUUGAACUAUUUUUACCUGGGCUUGCUCGUCAUGUGUUUCAUCCUGGCGCUCGGUAAUCGGCCACAGGGAUCGAAACGGGCGUAUACGUUAGCCUUUGUCGGGUUUGCAAUUAUCACGAUUUACAUGACGGUCGCUGCAGUCCUUUUGACAUACCUCGGAAUAAAAAACGUCGCAGACGACAGCGCUAAUGGUAUAAACUUCUCUGACCUGGCAUCGAAUGCGAUCUUCCGGAAUAUCGUUAUUUCCCUACUUGCAACCAUAGGGCUUUAUUUGAUUUCUUCUUUGCUAUUUUUUGAGCCAUGGCAUAUGAUCACAAGCUUUAUUCAGUACUUGUUGAUGGCACCGUCAUAUAUCGCUGUUUUGAACGUCUAUGCCUUUGCAAAUGUACACGACAUCACUUGGGGAACGAAAGGUGACAACAAGGUCAGCACGGACCUCGGUGUCGUAAAGACAGACGCAAAGAGCAACGCCGUCGAAGUCGAUGCACCCACUGAUAAAGCAGAUAUUGACGCUGCUUAUGAAAAUGCAUUGACGGUGUUGCAUACGAAGCCUGCACCGGAAAAGCCGAAGCAUGAUGCUGAGCAGGCAAAUAAGGAUUAUUAUCAAUCGUUUAGAACUAGGGUACUUUUGUUCUGGACUUUGUCAAAUGGCCUCCUUGCUGCCAUUGUAGUUUCCGCAACGGGUAGCGCAGCUUCCGAAGGGGCUCAAAAGACAGUAAACGGGUACAUGGCGUUCAUUCUCUUCUCGGUCGCAGGUCUAGCAUUCUUCCGAUUCUGCGGCUCAGUAGCAUACCUCCUCGUUCGUAUGUUCGCUGGAGAAUAAACGGGAGCCUGAGCAUCCCUGUACAUAUAUUGUUCGGAGGUCGGAUGUGCUUGGUAUUUAUAAGGAUAAGGAUCAUCUACUUGUCUGACUCUUUCCCCUGUCAUUUUAUUCCAUCUAUUCUUCUUUUCUGCUGACUUUCGCCUGUUGUCUUUUCGUUUAUGUAUGACGGACGAGCACGUGGUUCUGGUUUUCGCAUUCUCUUUUUAACGUAUACCACCUUUGAACGCCUACAAGAUAACAAACUCCCUAUUACAUCUUUCCUUGAUUUGGUUUGAGGCUUGACGCGUGUUCAAUGUAAAAAAUAAAGGGAUACAAUACAUAUAAAAC